AUGUCUCGACGUAUUAUAGUUUUAAUUUCUGGUAACGGUACUAAUCUCCAAGCAAUAAUUGAUGCAGUACAAUCGGGAACUCUAGAUUGUAAAAUUGAAUUGGUGGUUUCCAAUAAAGAAUCCGCGUAUGGUCUGACUCGGGCAGCUCAAGCAAACAUUUCUACUUUGGUAUUCCCUUUGAAGCCAUAUAAAGACGCAGGGAAACCUCGUGUUGAAUAUGAUGUGGAUCUUGCUAAAAAAAUAAUGUCAUAUAAUCCAGAAUUGAUCAUCCUUGCUGGUUGGAUGCACAUUUUAUCCAAAGAUUUCUUAGAAUAUUUCAACGGUAAUAUUAUCAACUUACAUCCCGCCUUACCGGGCAAAUUUGACGGCGCACAUGCUAUCGAACGCGCGUAUGAAGCUUUCAAGAGAAAUGAAAUAACCAAUACUGGUGUUAUGGUUCAUAAAGUAAUUCCGGAGGUUGAUAAAGGUCAACCAUUGCUUAUCGAAGAAGUCCCAAUAUUUGAAUCUGAUACGUUAGAUGAUUUAGAAAAACGUAUACACUCAGUAGAACAUAGAUUAAUAGUAAGAGGUAUAUUAAAAUUUUUUGAAGACUUGAAUCAAUAA